AGGUAUUAUGUUACACUUUUGACAACCAAAGCAACAUACUCCUAUAUUACAAAGAAAUAUUUCAUGGCAACAUAUACUUCUUUGUUUAGAGCUAUAAUUUUUUUCUUUUCUCGAAUUCUUCAUGAACAUUUUAAAACUCCUAGAUAUCUUCAUAGAAAAGUUAGCAAUGUUCUAUAUCCUAGUUUUCAACUAAAGCUUCAAAAAUGGCCUUCUUUUUUUCUUGCAUCAAAUGAGCUAAUAUUUACUAAUGAUGGUAAUGAUGAACAAACUUUGAUCUUCAAUGUGGAAGAAACAUUGUUAAAAUCAUCCUCAUUGUUCCCUUACUUCAUGCUCGUCGCGUUCGAAGCUGGGAGUGUAUUAAGGGCAUUGAUUCUUCUUAUUUCGUACCCUUUUACUUGCUUGUUUAGCAAAGAAAUGAGGUUAAAGAUGAUGGUAAUGGUGUGUUUUUUUGGGAUUAAGAAAGAUGGGUUUAUGGUAGGAAGGGCUAUUUUGCCAAAGUUUUUCCUUGAAGAUGUUGGUUUAGAAGGGUUUAAAGUUGUGACAAAAUUUAAGAGAAAAGUUGGUGUUAGUGACUUACCUCAUGUAAUGGUUGAAAGUUUUUUGAGAGAGUAUUUAGAGGUUGAUUAUGUUGUUGGAAAAGAGCUAAAAGUUUUUCAUGGAUAUUUUAUUGGUUUAAUGGAAGAUAAUAAGAAGAUGGUUGUGAAUGAUCUUAAAAGCAUUUUGGGAGAUGGUGAGAUAUUGGAUAAUUCAAAUGUUUUUGGAGUUAGUGGCACCAAAUCUACCCUAAAUCAUCCAUUCUUCUCUUUUUGUAAGGAGAUUUAUUUAACAAGUGAAGAAACAAAGAAAAAAUGGCAAUAUCUUCCAAGAGAAAAUUACCCAAAACCCUUAAUAUUCCAUGAUGGAAGAUUAGCUUUUAGACCAACACCAAUAUCCACUUUAGCCCUAUUUUUAUGGCUACCUUUUGGAAUAAUCCUUGCCAUUUUUAGAGGUGUUAUUGCAUUAUCCCUUCCACAUAAAAUAGCAACUCCAAUUCUAAUAUUUACUGGUAUAAGAUUACUAUCCUCUUUCUCACACCCAACAACUAAAUCAACAACAUCAUCUAAGGUUAAAAAACCAUCCAAAGGCCAACUUUAUGUAUGCAACCAUAGAACAUUAUUAGAUCCACUUUACCUAUCUUAUGCACUUCAAAAACCACUCAUUGCAGUCACCUACAGCUUAAGCAGAUUAUCAGAGAUGUUAGCACCAAUCAAGACUGUCCGAUUAACUCGAAAUCGCGAAAAAGAUAGUAACAUGAUGGAGAAGCUCUUAAAUGAAGGUGAUCUUGUGGUUUGCCCUGAAGGAACUACAUGUAGGGAACCAUAUCUUUUAAGGUUUAGUCCUUUGUUUGCUGAAAUGAAUGAUCAAAUUAUUCCUGUGGCAAUGGACUGUAAUGUGACUAUGUUUUAUGGAACUACUGCUAGUGGUCUUAAAUGUUUGGACCCUAUUUUCUUCCUCAUGAACCCUAGCCCUAGCUACACUGUGCAAUUGCUUGGAACCGUGUCGGGAUCGUCCACGUGUCAAGAUCAAGGCCAAUCGAGGUUUGAUGUUGCUAAUCAUGUGCAAAGAGAGAUUGGAGAGGCUCUUAGCUUUGAGUGUACUAAACUUACUAGGAAGGAUAAGUACUUGAUUUUGGCGGGUAAUAAUGGUGUUGUGUAAUUAUAGCUUAGAACUAAUACAUGUUUACUUGGAUUAUACAAUUCUUUUUACUAGGAUUAA